AUGAACAGGAAGCCAAGGGAUUUGAUGUCACAUCCUGGUACUGUCCUCAUUGGUAUGGCAACAGUCGGGAGCAUCCCCUUCCCGGGAGUGUGCAGCUCUCUCGCACGCUCAGCAUGUUGUUUAACCGUGGCAUAUUGUUGUGAAACACGUGGACCAGAGAACCGUGGGCCUGUCCACAGAGUUCCUGGUACACCACUUCGUCAAUGCUGGACGGUGGUGUUGUAUCGUGCAACAUUACAUGACACAUUACGUGCCGCUCAGAGCCAGCUAUUACUGUACUUGUGGAGAAAAUGGUGUCUGAUUUGA